AUGGUCAACGUUAACAGCGUCUCCAGAUCAGCAGGACUCCGGCUUGGAACUGAUGCACCGCAGAAACCGCUCGUACGUUAACGUGUCGUCCGAAUAUCAAGAUGAGAGUGUCCAGUACGCCAGCGCCUUCAACAGGUUCGCCUCGGAGUUUAACCAGCUGAUGGAGGAGCAGAAGGUGGAGAUGGGGCACCAGCUGGACGACAUGCUGAUCUUCUGUAACUUCCACGGGCAGGAGUGCAACGCCAGUUUUUUCUCCAGUUUCAUUAACUAUAAAUUCGGGAACUGCUACACGUUCAACUCCCAGAAGCCGACAGAUUACCGCGGGAACCCGACGAGCACGCAGCCGCUCAACAUCACCAAAGCGGGGUUCAUGUACGGUCUGCACCUGGAGCUGUUCAUUCAGCAGAUGGAAUAUGUGAGGGACAUAACGCACUCCGCGGGCAUCCGCCUCCUCAUCCACGACCAGGCCCAGAUGCCAUUCCCUGAGGAUGAAGGUGUCAAUGUGCCACCUGGAUUUGAGACUGAUAUCGGCAUGAUGAAGAUUCACAUUGACAGGCUGAAAUCACCGUACAUAAGUCGGUGCACAGACGGGGAGGACAUCAAGAACUUCUAUAAGGACGUGUACGGAUCUGGGUACACUCGAGAGGCCUGCAAACGGACAUGUGCCCAGCAGAACAUCAUUGACAACUGUGGCUGCAUUCACUGGGAGUUUGCUCAUCCCAAGAAUUCGGAGCACCCCAAGUGCAAUCUCAGCAACGUCGUCGCCCGUGACUGCGUGAAGCUCUACGAAUUUAAAUUUGCGCACGACGAAUUGAACUGCCACUGCCCCCUACAGUGCAAAGAGGAGAUCUACGAGCUGACCGUGUCUGGAUCCCAGUGGCCGUCCAGCGCUUUUAUCGAGAACUUUGCCAAGGACCUUAAAGAGUGGGGAGGACAAAUGAAAGACAUAGCGGACAACCCGGCGCUGAUCAGGGAUAAUUUUGUGAAGGUCGUGGUUUACUUCAAACAACUCAAUUUCGAGAUGAUAGAAGAGGAGCCAUCCAUGACGGAAAUUAACCUCAUCUCUAACAUGGGGGGCUUGGUCGGCCUGUGGGUGGGCUUCUCGGUUUGCACCUUGGCUGAGUUCUUUGAGUUGCUGUUGGACGUCAUUCUGCUCUUUAUUCAGAGGUGCAUCGGGACGGCGAACAAGAGGGGCUACUCCAACCCCUACAUGCAGAAGCAGAGCCCCAUCUACCUAAAGAAGACCACCAAGCUUUAAAGGGGGGGGGGACAAUGAAUGCAAUGGAUCUGAUCCCACCCAGAACGCACAAGUGUACGCAGCCCAACCGCUGGCCAAUGUCCAGUAUAAUAAGUGCACCCCGUAUCCCCAAUAUCUCAAACUGAGGGGAAUAUUGACUGAGGAUUGUGGUUUUGUUGCACAUGCAAAACUACAGCUCCCAUUCGGCUGUCAGGGCAUGAUGGGGGUUGUAGUUUUGCAACAACUGGAGAAGGGGAGAGAAUAUUAAUCCACGUCUUUGAAUUGAAUCUCAAACUGUGCCUUCCUGCGACUUUGCCCUGACAGGGCCUGUGAUGAGGUCGCACGGCGGCGCGCUCUUUAUGCAUUCUCAUGGGCGCGCUUCGCACAGGACUCCGAUGGCGCCCCAAUGUCAAUGCGGUAAAAUGGCUAGAUCCACCCGUUUUGUGUUCGUAGCGAUGUCCUAGUGACCCUGACGGUAGCGCCUCCACGUUUGUCCACAGGACCGGAUGAUUGAGAGUUUAGUGUCAUGCUGCGUAUA